AUGUUGGGUAGAUCCAUUUCGGCAGUAUGCCAGAUUCAGGUGCGAGCUGUCUCUUCAAAGUAUACAAAACCCACACCAAGACAUUAUAAGAGGCGUCUUUUCGAAGCUGCUCUUCAGCCAGAAAUUCCAAAAACCACCAAAGUUUGUACUCCACCGGGGAUGAUUAAAAGAGAGAAAAUUGAGAAAGCGAAAGAAUAUUCCGACGUUGAGAUUGCUUUAUCGAAUCUUGUGCGUAGUUACAUUAAAAAAGAAGAAUUCCGAGUGAUGGCUGUCUGCCAAUUUUUGCCAGUUCCGGGUAGAACACUCUGGUUCGCUAAAAAUCAACUUCGUUUGAAAGGCGUCGAAUUUCGAAACUACGGAAACAAAAUCGUGAAGAAGGUUUUCGAGAACACUCCGAUGACUUCUUUGAAUGUCGUCCUCGUGGGAUCGAAUGCUUUGCUGUUCUCGAAAGAUCUUAACGGAAUCAAAACCAUCACACAGGAAUGCGAAAAAUUGAACUGGCUUCAGCCUCUGGUAUUUAUGGCUGACAAUCGAAUAAUUGAUGUGAAAGAAGCUCAAACUUUAGCGAAGCUCGCUUCAAUGGAUGAUCUUCGCGCUCAAACUGUUCAAAUUCUCGGCCAACAACUGGGGCAAAUCACGAUGUCUCUGGAUUCGGCAACUCGUCAUCUACCGAAUCUUCUCGAUGCUUAUACAUCAAGAAAAGAUCAAUAA